UAAACCCCAUUUCCACCUUCGUUAGACCACCCACAAUCCCCUUCUUUCCCCCCCUCUCCAAACCUUAACACCACCAGCCACCAAUUAUGGCGUCAGGAAUCACCGCUGCCACCGUAUCCAAGCCCUCCGGGUACAGCUUCACCUCUCAUCUCCUUCAAAAACCAAUAACAACAACCUCACUUUCCCUUCCUUUUAUCCGACACCAAAACCUUCUACACUAUGGAUUCAAAGUUCCAAGAAAAACAAGCUUUGCUGUUUGUUUUGUAGUUGAAGAUCAAACGAAACCAAUUAGUGCCCAUCUCGAGAAUCAACAAGAAGAAGAGCCUAAAGAUGUUAACAAGAACCAGAUCUUGACGCCUCGCGUGGCUGAAAGAUUGGCAAGAAAGCAAAGAGAAAGAGAUACUUAUUUGAUUGCAGCUGUUAUGUCUAGUUUGGGGAUUACUUCCACGGCCGUCUUGGCUGUUUAUUAUAGGUUUUAUUGGCUCGAGGGAGGGAAAGUGUCUUGGCCUGAAAUGUUUGGUACAUUUGCCCUUUCAGUGGGUGCUGCUGUGGGGAUGGAAUUUUGGGCAAGAUGGGCUCAUAAAGAACUUUGGCAUGCUUCUUUGUGGAACAUGCAUGAGUCUCACCAUAGACCAAGAGAUGGGCCAUUUGAGCUAAACGAUGUGUUUGCCAUAAUCAAUGCAGUCCCGGCAAUUUCCCUUGUCGCUUAUGGUUUCUUUAAUGAGGGCCUUGUACCUGGUCUUUGUUUCGGUGCUGGUCUAGGAAUUACAGUGUUCGGCAUGGCCUAUAUGUUUGUCCAUGAUGGUCUUGUUCACAAGAGAUUUCCAGUAGGGCCCAUUGCAGACGUCCCAUAUUUCACCAGGGUAGCAGCAGCUCACCAGAUCCACCACUCAGAUAAAUUCAAUGGCGUCCCAUAUGGGUUGUUUCUAGGGCAUAAGGAAAUUGAGGAAGUUGGAGGCCAAGAAGAAUUGGAAAGGGAGAUCAACAGGAGAACCAAAUCAUCCAAGGGGUUAUGAUUAGUUAAAUCUGCCAAAUUGGGAAAAAUUUUGGAUCAAUUCUCAAUGUUAGAGCCACAGCCAAGUCAAUAAUAUGAGAAAAUAUUUUCAGUUUGAUUGCUAGUUCCAUACCCCACCGGAAGAAAUUAGAUAUGUAGGAUGAUGACUCUAUUGAAUGUGGGGGACUAUAUACUAAAAAAAAAAAAUUAUUGCAAAGAUUGCAUGUCUCAUACUGUUAUAGCACCCCUCAGAUGUUUGAACCUAAAAUGAUUUUGAGCAUUGCUGCUUACAUAUCUUAAGCUUGUAAUUGUGUGUAAUUUGUACAAAUAUCCUAUAUUGUAAUGAAAUAAACGAGAGAAUAGCUCCUGUUGUCCUUAA